UGCAUGCGAAACAGGUUUGUGAUGUGCUUUCACUGCGCUUACUGUUGGCAGCCGUUAUAGCACCUCUGAGUAUCUGUCAGGAUGAGGUUUGUAUGUAUGUGACAUGAACAUCAGACCUCAACACACACCUGUAGAAGAAAGUUACCCCAAAUUUUCCAUUUCCAAAACCUCCCAUAUGAGUUUUUUUGUUUGUUUUUUACAAACCCCGUUCAUCAGCGUUUUUUGUUUUUUUUUAAGUUUACAUUUUUUUUCUGUCAUUUGCACAUUCCGUGCAGUCACAGCCCACACUAUAAAGAGUAAUAGCAGAAGAUGAAGUAUUGAAAGCCACACCCCCUUUUUUUUUAACAGGAAGCCGUGUGAGUCAAAACCCCCAGUACAGCUCAGUGACACAAAGAGAAGGACAUCAGAUGUAGAGACUUUCCAGGAGAGAAUAGAAAGAAAGAUGGAUAGAUAAAUUCCUGACACCAAAGGGGAUUUAAAAGAACAAAAGAGGAGGAAAGAAGAGUGAAGCUCUGAAAAACACAGAACCUAAACGGCUGGUCGGCACUAAAUGACCGCCUGCACCUCCAAAAGACCACCUGGAGAGACAGCAGCAUGGACUCCUCCUCACCAUGAUGGACAGCACAGACGCUCCAACCUGAACAUCAGCAAGCUUCCAACAACUUCCUCUUCUACUUCUUUUUCUGUGAAUUGGCGAGAGGACCUUUCGACAUUUUGAGUUAUUGGCUUAAGAUGAAAGAAAACUGUACAAAUUCGAGUUUGAAGGAUUACCAGCACGAUGUGUAUGCAGUGGUCUACAGCGUGAUUUUAGCUCCAGGUCUGAUCUUUAACAUCCUGGCACUCUGGGUGUUCAGGAUCUACAUCAAAGAGACCAAAAAGGGGGUUUUGUUUAUGAUGAACCUGGCUUUGUCUGACCUGCUGCAGGUGCUGUCCCUGCCUCUGCGGAUCUACUACUACCUGUACGGCACUUGGCCCUUUGGUACAUUUCUCUGCAUGGCCUGUUUCUAUGUCAAGUACGUCAACAUGUACGCGUCCAUCUACUUCCUGAUGUUCAUCAGCAUUCGCCGCUGCCAGCUGAUCAAAUUCCCACUGAUGUACAACUCAUCCAAGAAGAAGGGAGAUCUUUUCAUUUGUGGACUUGGCUGGUUACUCGUCUCACUGUUCUGCCUGCCUUUUCCUUUGUUGAGGAGUCCCAGCUCAAAUUUGAACGAUGGAAAGUGUUUCUCAGAGCUUUCCAUGAGUAAAGUCAGUGACUCCGUAGCUGUAGUUCUAUUAGUCGUGGCAGAACUAGGGGGUUUCAUCAUCCCUUUAGGUGUGGUGUUGGUGUGUGCAUACUUCACUGCCGGGAGCCUCCGGGAGACGACAGCUGAAGCGAUUCGAGACAGAGGGGAAAAGAAGAGGGCAUUACGAAUGGUGCUGAGCUGUACCAUUGUCUUCUUGGUGUGCUUUGCCCCUUACCAUAUAACUUUGCCUUUAGAUUUCCUGGCCAAAAGCAAAAGCCUGGGCAGCUGCUCUUUUAUGGAAUUCAUCCAGCGUUUUCACACAGUGAACCUCUGCCUGGCCAGCUUGAACUGCAGCCUGGACCCACUCAUGUACUAUUUCACCACUUAUGAAUUCUGGAGGCGACUAAGUAAACACAGCGCUUCAGGGAGCACUACUUUGAACCGGCAAACGUCCUGCACAAGUGGAGGGGACUCGGAAAGUGCGAAUCAUAAUAUUCAUUUAUUACCUAUCCAGACGUCUCCUCCACUCUGAGACGAGGCAUAUGCAUUUACCUAAGUAUUUGGAAAUCUGUAAUUAGUUUUUGCUGUGAAAUGUUUUGUUUUUUUUUGUCAUUAAAACUUGUUUUUGUACUUUUUUAUUUUUUACAUCAUUGUUCUAUUGUCAGAAGCUUAAUAAACGAGUCAAUCAUACCCAAACUGACCCUAUACAGCAGAAACAAGUAGAACAUUUGUGUGUUUUUGUUGUGGAAUUGCUUCUUUUUGGGUACAUCUUAUUCUGUUGUUUGAAACUAACCAUCAGAGAAAUAAACCAUUCAAUUGUCAUUUGUAUACUGUCCAGGAUUUACCUCACCAUUGCCUAUUGGGAGCUGGGAUAGGCUCCAGCAACCAUGCUACUCCAAAUUCAGCAGAUUCAGAAACAAGUAUAGAUGAAUAACACUGGUAACACUUUAUAAUAAGAUUCCCUAACAAGCUUUUUUAAGAAAGUAACAAAGAAGAUUAAUGUGUUAAUAGAGUUUUAGUACAAUAUUUAUCAGCACAAUAAGCCAAAUAAGAUUUAUUAACAUCUAAAGUGAGACCAUUGUCUACAAAGGCCAUAUUAAUAAACUGCUUACAAGCUUAACAAAUCGAUUAACUGUCU